UCAUCUCAUCGUACAAAAUUUAUCCCUUUUGCUAUGUCUGAUACAAACUUGCAAGACAUUUUUGAUAAUUUUGAUUAUGUUCCUAACGAUUAUGAUGAUUUGGAGAGUAUAACCUUUGCUGAAAGUCUUAUAGCAAGAAUACUUAUAAAAGAGGACGAAAAAAAUGAUAUAUUUUUAUUAAAAGAUAUUGAUACUAAUACUAAAGUAGAUGUUAAUACAUCAACAAUUUCAAUAUUUGAUUUAGAGUCGACUACAUCAGGAUCAACUGAUGGAAAUGAAUAUUUUGUUAUAAACACAACAAACGCUAGUGAAUCUUUAUCAGAAUGUCCAAUUUUGGAUAUUAAUAAUAGUUCCAUUCAAUGCUGCUCAAGCUAUUUGGAAAGACAGAGGCCACUUUUCCAACUAAUUAGAGCUUAG